AUGGAGACUUGUAUCACAAAAUUAGAGCUGGGCUCCUUCCCCGAGACGGACUUGCUUGAGACCGAAGCUGAAUGGGCGCCUCGACUAAUGGAGUACCACCGAGAACUGGGCGAUCUGGAUGGUUCAUUUUCUCCCAGUUCCUGCUUGGAUCCUGUUUCCCAGUCGGAAGCGCGUCUGCUGCUUCUACAUUCACCACUGGCCAGGGUUCUUCUCAAAAAAACCGCACGGAGGGCCACUGUUACUUCUUCCUUUCAUGUGGAUUCCAACAUCCUGACUUCUGCUGGUUAUUCCCGUAGCUUGCCCCCAUCCUAUUGGUCACUUUUUUCAAUGGAGAAAAAAAUGGUGUCAGUUAAUUGCCUUUUGGACACUGGUAGUGGGCGUUCGUACUUGUCUGCUGAUGUACUGAGGGACUUGGGUUCAGUUGAGACUGUUGGAGUCAGUUGUCGGCUUAGACUUUUCACCCUCCUUGGUGAGUGUGACCGGAAUUUCACGGAGGUGGUUCUGGGAGUUGACCUUGGUUCUGGUGAGGCUUUGGCUUCCUCUGUUUUGGUCACUGAUGCAAUGGACUUGUCUGUACGACUGGCUCACUUGGAGACCCUGUUGGGUGCUUUUAGGGCAGCUGACUAUAAUUUGGCUGGCCAAUUUGAGGCCGGGUCAGACCUUGUGCUUAUCAAGGGCAUUAUUGGAUUGGACCUUAUUCAUCGAUUGAUUACAUUGAAGUUGGUCCCCUGUCUGAGGGGUUGGGCAUUUUCUGUUCCGUCAGGCCUGGUUCCCUUUGGAACUGUGGACUCCUUUUUGUCAGGAGACAAGAUCCCUUGUGAAGUGGCCCACCUCUCCUUUAAUACUGUAAUGGGGGGAUACCCCGAAGUGAAUUCCUCACAUUUGUGCUUCGUUCUUGAAAACCAACCAACCUACCUUGACCCUUUGGCGGAGUUUUUCCUGACACCGACACGUGACUGGUUAUUUGUCGUGCUGAAGGAUUAUUCUUUUUUCUGCUCUGUUACUCGACCUAGUUGGAGCAGGUCGCAAGAGGAGGAUUCCUUUUGCAACCCUUACCAGGCUGUCGCUGCUCUCUUCUGGGUUUUCCCUACUUUACUGUGUCGAAAGUUUUUUUUUUUCCGACACUUACUAACAACCAUGAACUACGUUUUCUUGUAA